GCCAGUUUUAUACCGGCGGCCCGAUAUUAAAAGGUAGAGUUUUGAGUGUGGCGCUCCCAGUGCGGUCCGUUGCCCCGACGAGCUGCAGCCGCCACCAGCUGACGGGACACUCGCCCGGCGUCUCCACCUCCUCCUCGUCCUCCUCUGUACUCUGCUCUGCUCUUCUCCGCUCUCCUCUAGCCGAUCACCUCGAGUCAUGGGACCAGCGCACCACCUGACGAGAGCGGCGUGGCUGGUGUGCGCGCUGGCGGCGGCGGCGGCCUCGUGGUCGGGCGUCUACGGCGGCGGCUACGCGGGCGCCUUCCCCAGCUACGGGCUGGGCCUGGGGCUCUCCUACGGCCGCCUCCUGCACCGGCCGGCCGGCGCGCAGCCGCUGCUCACCGUGCUGGCCGAGGCGGCCGCCGCCGUCGACGACACGCUGGUGGCCGUGCCGCUGCUCGCCGUGCCCGGAGACCGCAUCCGCGUGCUGCACGACUCCGCCGCCCUCGCCAACCAGGUGGAGGGGUCGUCCACGAGGAAGGGCCAGCAGCAGCAGCAGCAGCAGAUGCUGCCGGCGGUGCGCGUGGUGCUGCGCCGGCCGCUGAUGGUGCCGGCGGCCUCUGCGUGCUCGGUGCCGUUCCCCGCCGCCUUCACGGUGCUCCACGGCGGCCGCCGCGUCCCGCUUCGCGUCGGCGCCCUCAUCGCCCCCGUGCCGGCCGCCGCCGCCGCCCCCGCCGCCUCCGCCGCGCUCCACUUCCCCGUGCGCGUGCUGUACGCCGUGCCCGUGCAGCCGCUCGCUCUCAGACCGUUUGUGCCGUACACCCCGAGCCGGCGGCCGGUGCUGCCGCCACUGACGGUGACCGUACUGGACUUCCCCGAGGCGGUGGCCACCCCCAGCUCACUGUUCUAUCAGCCACCCCUGGAGGACGGGCUGGGCAACCGCGAGCCACCGCAGCCCGUGAUCCCUGCCGGAGUCGUGCAGUCGACAGCACCCCAGCCCAACCUCUCCGUCUUCGUCAACUCCAAGGAAUCUCCCAUCCUGCAGGUGUUACGUGAUGAGGCAGCACUCAAUGAAGACCAAGGCAGAGGUGAAUUUGUCAUUGAUGAGGACAACGACUCCAUUGUUGUCAUAGCCCCAAAUUAAUUUUCUAGCUUUUUUUUUAUAGUAAGGGAGUAUCACCCUUACAAGACAACACUUGUAUUAACACUGCACUCUAAAGAACAUCUAAAAGUUGAUACCUAAAUUGUUUGGUAACACAUGACAAUGCUGAGGCCAAGAAACUAAAUGAGGAAAUAUCAGUCACACUCUCCACAAUAAGUUACAUGUUUCUAUUUCAUGAAAUCUUUAUUGUUCUUGGGUACCUUUUAUGUUAUAUAAUUUGUUAUCUCUAACUUUUGGAAAUGCAUAAACACUGGAGGAAAAUAGCCAAGUGUUUAAUAACCUUAAAUUUUUAAGUCACUUUUUGUAAAUAAGGAGAAUGUAAUCUCCAAAAGACAUUUAUGAGCCCGUUAUUGGUAGCAAAUUAUAUAUUGUGACUAAAUCAUAUGUAAAAGAAUUGAGGUAAAAUCAGAUAAGGAGCCAGUGACUAAGUAUAUUGCCCCCUCAAGAAGAGUGCUACAUUUUAUUGGAGUAAUUUGCAUGAUUGAGAACAAAUGGAUCAAUGAAACAUACAAUGUUGCCUGGGGAGUUCUGAUUCCAAAUUUGUACCACUUCAUGUGUAAUAGUUCAAACACUGAAAGUAAUGAAGGACAAAUGCAAGCCCUUUACAUUACAAAAUCUCUAUUAUUGUGCAAAAUUAUAUGGAUACAUGAAACACUGACAUUACAAUAAUUUAUAAAAUGUAUUAAAACAAAGUAAAAUAUCUGUUGUAUUUUCUGUACUGUUUCAUCUAAGAAAGCUCAACCAUGACUAUUCUCUGCAUUGUCUGUAAUUAUCAUGCAAAUCUGAGAGUGCCAGUGAUAUUAAAGUUACCAUGCCUUACCAUUUUAAAAAUAACAUGUAGCAUAUUGUCAUUUUAUUACUAAUAAAAUACAGAUCAUAACAACUUUC